AUGUCUCCGAGUCUAAAGCGGAGGCGAAGUGAACUGUCUACCGGAAACGCGCCACCGCCAGCCGCAACAGUCCCCAUCGAACCUAGUUCGGCUCAGACACCCGCUCCGCCGAAACGCCAACGCGUCUCGAGGGCCUGUGAUCAAUGCCGGGCCGCACGAGAGAAGUGUGACGGCGUCCAGCCCCAGUGCUACUCUUGCACGUCGCUGUCCAGAGCAUGCACCUACACUAUAGCGCCUAAGAAGCGAGGCGUUCAGACCGGCCUGAUACGAACCCUGGAGCUCACUCUCGCAUGGGUCUUUGAGAACGUCACAGGCAGCGAGGAUGCUCUCGCCGCGUUAUUGUCGAACGAAUCUAGGCGCGCCUCUGGGUUGCUGCUCGACAAGGGGAACGAGGAAGGCAUCAGGCUACACAAGAGAUGGAGAAAAAGCAGGAUACACAGAGGGAUUGAUAGGUUACUGUCGGAGAAAGAUGGUGCUCCGCCUAGGGUGACAGAGUCUCCAGCUGACUCCGAUGGAGACAUGCAACCUUCGGUACCGGACCGUAGCACGGAGGAUCGGGACAUACACUCGGCGGGGCCACCACGGGCAGCCAGUUCGACCACGACAGCUGCAGUGGUCAAUCUCCCGGCUCCAACGCAAUUGGGUUCUAUGGGGAAAUCUUGUUUACCACGAGUAAGCUUGCCAAAGAACUACCAACGACUUCUCGAUGUAUACAACUCGUACACCACUUGCUGGUUGCCAAUACUUGACCAAGCGACACUACUUAAAACAGCAUCGACCUAUCCUGCAGAUGGCCUCAUUCUAGAGUCUCAUUUAUCCCACAUUGGUUCUCAUGCCGAACUGUGGGCAGCGCUUGCGCUGGCUUCGUUUCAAAACGCACACUCUUCUGCUGAGCACACCGGGGAAAUGCCAGCAUCAGAGGUUUAUAGCGUGGCUCGUGCUUUGAUACCUUCCUCGGAGCAUACUGAUCUAACCAAGUCCCAUCUCAAGGCCCUGUUGCUACUCUCGUUAGUGCAAUUCGGAAAGCAGAACACGCAUGCAGCCUCACAUCUUGUAGGCAUGGCCGUUAGGCUUGCACUUCAGAUGAGGCUUGGUGAUUAUACGGAGCAAGUCAAUUCACAGACGUCCGAAAAUCAGCUGCUGGUAGCAGUAUGCUUCUCUUUGGAUACGCUUCUUGGUCAACUCUCGGCCCAGCCAUCACAUCUCACAAGUCACUCCGUCAUGCCUCACAUUGCCCCAAGUCAGGACAAUCCUGCCGAGUGGGCACACUGGCAGCCAUGUACCGGGUUCGGACUUGCCGAGCCGAGUAAUGCCAAUUUAGGGCCCAAGCAGUCUGUUCAAUCCACCAAAUGCUUUGAUCAGCUUUUUCAGUUCUUCCGUGUUCUUAGUCAUCAAUCGGAUUUACACCCACACCUUUCCAAAGAUGGCGCCGAAGGCGGGACCCUUGACCUUGUCCGCUGUCUGGCCCCGGAAUACUCGUUCUGUAACUCAUUGGUAGGGAGUCAGGAAACGGCCUCGAUCCCCUCUGCGUACUUUGUACAAGCGGCGUUUCUCUCAACGUCUCUCGUACUUUCACCCACUGGUGAGGGCUCCAGACUUCCACUCCUUUGGGGUCUUAUGGGAGUCAUUGAAACUUUCAUUUCUCGAUUUGGCGCCUGCGGAACUCCCCCACUAUUGGUUUCUUUUAUGUGUCUGGCUACAAAUGAAGGCCGUCUCGACUGUCUACCGGAACAUGGCAAGAGACGUUGGGGGUCCCUGAUGCGAGCUCUAGGAUCUAUCUGGAGUUUUGCGGGCAAGGAAAGAGAUGUCAGUACACAUCCACAGCCACAACCACAACCACAACCACAGCCCGCACUGCGAGAACAUGCCCAAGAGCGCAAUCCCCAAACUAUAUCAACCCCUGCUCAAGGACAAGCAACUUUACAGCCACCUCUGCCGCCUCCGAUUGACGACCGAGCGCGAAUUCCCUUUUUAAAUACACAACAUCAUCCCGGAUCUAUACAGACGACGAAUCCCCGCUUUGGGCCAUUCCCCAUGCCACAGGCAUCAAAUAUUGGACAUGAAUCUCAGCCAUCAUCAAUGCUUCCAUACCAUAGCCCUAUGCAUCUCAGCAACCCGGGCAAUAUACCUAGAAAUAUGGUGCCUAGUACGAACGGCCCGAGAAUGAUGGAUCAUGGAAUUCACAACGCGACGACGUUUGGCCUACAGACCCGUCAACACAACUCGAACAAGGGGCUUGAUUACGAUGCCAUGUUGGACGAACUGGCAGCUUCCGAUUGUAAUGAUACUUUGGAAACGGAUCCGGCAUUUAUGACGAACCUGGGCUUUGCCCCUGGAUAUGACUUGGACGAAUUCCUUCGAAAAGGUUUUGGCUCAUUCUGA